AUGAAAUCAAUCGCUGCCGACCCUUGUCAUGUUACCUCUUACUCUGGCGUCGCCGCUGCCGUAUCUUCCUGCACCAACAUUGUUCUCGACAGUAUCGCUGUACCUGGCAAUACCACCCUCGACUUGACUAAGCUACAAGCCGGUUCCACAGUGACCUUUGCUGGAAAGACAACCUUUGCCUACGCAGACGCAAACUAUGAUAUGAUCACGGUCGCCGGUACCGACGUCACCAUUACAGCUAAGAAGGGUGCCAUCAUCGACGGCAAUGGCCAGGCCUGGUGGGAUGGCCUUGGUUCAAACGGAGGUGUCGCCAAGCCAAACCACUUCAUCACUGUCAACAAGGCCAUCGGCAAGUCUGUGGUCAAGAACCUCGUCAUCCAAAACUAUCCUGUUCAUUGCUUCUCUAUCAGUGGCAGUGAUGGGCUUGUCGUAGAGAACAUUCUUCUAAACAACACAGCCGGCGAGGCUCCCAACAGCAGAUCAAAUGGACUCGCUGCUGCUCACAACACGGAUGGCUUUGACAUUUCGAGCACUAACGACAUGGUCUUGAGAGAUUCGAGAGUACUGAACCAGGACGACUGCGUUGCUGUCACCAGUGGCAAUAACAUCACCGUUUCGAAAAUGUACUGUGAUGGUGGCCAUGGUCUUUCAAUCGGAAGUGUCGGUGGCAAGAGCAACAACAACGUCACCAACAUCCUUUUCGAAAACAGCAAGGUGCUGAACAGCCAGAACGUCCUAUACACUGUCAUCCUUUUCUUCAUCAAGUCUGACUCGAUCCAGCAUCGAAUACCGAAACNNAUCCAGGUCUCAAAUGUCGACAUUUACGGCAUCGACAUUCAGCAAGACUACCUCAAUGGAGGCCCAACUGGAAGCCCUACAAACGGUGUUAUCAUCAAGAACAUUACCAUGUCCAACAUUUUCGGCACUGUCCAGGCUAAGGCUAGAGAUUACUACAUUCUUUGUGGAGAUGGUAGUUGCUCAGACUUUACCUUCAACAACGUCCACAUCACAGGCGGAACUAACAGCUCUUGCAAUGUCCAACCUACUGGCAACUUCCGAUGUGUUUGA